GGCGGAGGUGCAGACUAACUUAGUCUCUGGCUCUUCCUCACACAACCAGCAGCUCCUCACCCCACUUAUCUUUACUGUGGGUUCACACUUAACAACAAAGCGUUAGAAGCCAUUGAAAAAACUCGUGACAUUUCUGGAUCAUUUGCACAGAUAAAACAAAGAAGAAGGAGGAAGGCGGGUGGAAGUACAGUAAGUGCUGGGAAUAGAACAGGGUCUUCUGUGCCAGCAUGAAGCAGUGAUCAGCAGAGAUGGCAGAGCUGGAGACAGAGAUAGACCAGUCCAGCCUUCCCCGGGUCCAAGAGGUGUGCCAGAGUUUUGCUGUGCUGGAGGACGGAGCGCUGGCGCACAAUCUGCAGGAGCAGGAGAUCGAGCAAUAUUAUACCACGAAUAUCCAGAAGAAUCAGCUGGUGCAGAAUGACAUCCGUGUGGCCAAGAGGAUGCAGGACGAGGAGGAGGAGCAGCGGGAGCAGCAAGGCAACGUCCUCAGACAGGCCACCAGGCAAACCGAGGAGCGGGACUUCGAGUACGCUCGUGUGAUUCAAGAGGAGCUCCAACGAUGUGCCGAGGAGGCGCACAGGAGGGAGCAGGACGAUGCAGAAAUGGCCAAACGGCUGCAGGAAGAGGAGGAGCAGUGGGUCAAAAGGAGGAGCAGAGGGCCAGAAGGUCAUAAUGAAGGCAGCACCAGUGAGCCUUUGUUGCAAUCCCCACACCAGCACAGGCCCGGUGCCCUUCACCACAGAGGGGAGGACUAUCCGUCUUCCACCACCAGGAGGCAAAGUUUCACCUCUAACGGUGGAGCCCAGUUCAGCGAGCCUGAGCCUGAGCCUGGGACUGGCUCCUGCAGGAGGGGAGCCGCUCACAAAAGCACAACUUCAUGGUCAAAUCAAGGACACGUAGAUCCCAUUAGCAAAAUGAGUGGUGAAGUAAGAGAGUCUCUAAGUGAUGAAUCAGAGGACUCGGACGCAGUUUUUACUGAGCAGCUCUCUCUUUGGUCCCAGAGAUUGUAUAAUGGGCUAAACACAGCACCUUCUCCAUAUCGGGCAUCCGUGCAUCAGCCCAAUGGGAAAAAUGACAGAAACGGCUCCAAAAAUGAGCUCAAACGCUGCGAGGAAGAAGAGGAGGUAGGAGACUGUGAUGAGGACCAUUUUGAAAAUGAAGAUGGACAGAAGAGAAUACCUCGGCAUCAGGAUCAGGAGAGGAACCACAGAAAGGUGCCUGAGGAUCGGCACAGGAGUAGGGAGCAGGAUAAAGACUGCCCGUCCAUUGCACUUGGAGAAAGGCGGCAUAAUCGCACUGAAUCACUCAGACUAAAUGACAGGAGUAGAUGCAGAAACGGAGACUUGGCAAGGACCUGGAGCUGCAAGGAGAGCCCUGACAAACGUGUCCAUUUUAAGGACGACAACAGGAGUGGCAGGCAGCAGGGAGGAAGCACGCGAGUGUGGGAGAUGCUCGGCCUCGUACUCAGGGAGAGGGGUGUGCCUGUGAGGGUUGGGGGCGCUGGGGCGCCGCUGCAAAUAAGACCUCAAAGCAGAGACAACCAGGUGCUUCACGGGAGGGAAGGCUCCUGCGGCAGCUCCCCACCACAUCAGAGAGGCUUCCAGAGAGCUGCCUCCUCCAGGCACAGUUUCCAUGGCGAUAUCAGGGCGCGGAGGAGAUUGUCACACAGAGAGAACAGUGGGAGAGAUCACAGAGAGGAUCCAGACAGGCUCUAUGAUAAUGGCGAGGUUUAUAAGCUUAAUAGUGGAGACUCUAACAGUUCUUUCGGAGAGAGACGAGGCAGCGCGAGAUGGAGAGAGCACAAACACAUAAACAAUGACAAGAAUGGGGAAAGGAUUGUAAAUGAUUACAGAGUGAGAAGGACGACGAGUGAACGCAGGAAUUGGCACAAGAUCACAGAGGAAAGGUUAAGCUCAGAGGAGGAGGAGGAAGAGGAGGAGAGGAGAGUAGCGCAUCCCAGACGACGAGCACUACAGCAUAGCCAAAGUCUCAGCAGCAGCAGCAGCAGGGCUUCAACCAGGCAUAGGUCAAGCCGUGUGGCAGGAGGAGCCUCACUGGAGCCGGAGGCGAGCCUGGACCUGGGGGAGCUGCACCAGGUCCUGCGAGACGAGGAGCUGGCCCGGUCGCUUCAGGAGGAAGAGGAAAAGCUGUCCAGGAGGAAGUCGCAGCCGUCUCCCCGUGGCCUUUAUCCAAUCGGCGACUUCAGAGUUGCACAAGUGGCACAAGACGAGGAAAUUGCACGUUUUAUGCAGAAGCAAGAAAUCAAGUCUAAACGUAGAUCUCGUGAGCUAGAAGGGCCGGCGUCGUGGCAGGAACACCGAGUGAUCAGUCACCAGGACCGACGGGCAGCAAGAGAGAGACAGGUCCAGCGAGAGCGGCUGGACUCCGAGGGCCUUCCUUCCCCCACGGAGGACUGUCCCCCAGAGAUCCAGCCCCCCAGCCCCGUCAGCACCACACCAAAAGCCAUGCAGAUCAGGAACAUUGCCGAGGAGUUGGACCCGACCUUCCAGGCCAGGAGACGCAGCACAGACGGGCUCAGAGUGGGACCUGCUGAUCCAGCCUGCGGGUCCCCUCCCCUGCCGCACUCUGGUUUACACAACUUUCUGGAUGAGCCCACAUUUAUCCCGCCAACGAAGCGACAAACGGACAAAUCAGGACACACGAAACCCAAAGAGAAGAAGGAGAACUGCAAGCAGCAAUAAUCCAAAACGUGCUGUUACUUAUUACUUUAAUGCUGAACUUUGACAUCGAGACAGCCGCCCUACGAGCACUUUAGAGCAGCGGAACCAGGAAACAUUGUAGAAUAUUUCCUCCUGAAGUAAAUGACGAACUUGUAGAGUUUUUAAAGGGAACAUUUGGGUUUGUUAUUAUUUUUAAUUUGGUGUUAAUUUAAUCAGUAUAUCUUUUUAUUAUUUUUAUAAACAUUUUUUGUCUUUUACUAAUCACUACACUGUCAGCAUUCAAAGUAUUUGCACACCUGGAUUUCCCAUGUUACCUUGUUCUGUGUGAUUAUGUUAAAGAUGAAAUCCAGUAAAUCCGUAAACCAGGGAGUCCACUUCAUCUUAGAGUAUCAUUUCACCUUCGUUCAAACGUGGCCUAACACUAGCAUUGGGGGCAUUUGUAAAUUGUCAUUGUAAAUGAGGGCUCGCCCUCAAUGAUUUUCGAGUUUAAAUAAAGAUAUAUAUAUAUAUUUGCUGAAUACCAUGAACUCUGCCUUUUUAGAUUAUGCCAGUGUGUUUUUGACUAAGUUAACUUUACUAAGAAGGCAGAACAAAGGCAACUUCUUCAGUAACUUGUAAAACUUCUCUUCUCCCUGGCUUUUUUUUCUAAGCAAUUUAUCAGGUUAUCAUAAAUGACAAUCAAAUGAGCUUAAAUUAACAGAAAAUAGAGGAAAUCUUCAUCUUUAAAAAAAUAAAUAAAUCCUCUUAAGAGCUGUUUUUCUUAAGAACGUUUUUUUUCACUAUAGACACAAGUCUAUGAUGGAUAUUUGAGUUAUACACAAGGGUUUGAAGAUAUCUCUCUUUUCAAACUCCCCCUGUCUCUCGCUCAGGAAGUUAUGACCGAAUGCUGACAUUAAAUUCUAAAAUUAUCAUAUUACUCAAAAAGGCUUUCUUGUAAUCUACGCUCCCAAGGUCACUACUAGCUGCUAAUGCAGGUUUUACAAGCUCAGUUUCAUAGUUAGUAAAAUAAGCAGAGCCAAAGACCAACCUUGAACUGAGACAAAGUCAGAGUUUUAGUCAGUCUAGCUAUAUUGGAUACAAUUGUUCUUCACACCAGCACUAAUAUAACGCUAAUGGCAAUGAUUUGGAUAGACGUUUCAGCUGUUUGUUUCUUUGUGUCCACUUUCUUUUUAUGUUAUUUUAACCCCUUGUUUAACAGGCUAUGUAAUUUUAUUUUUUUAUAUAUAUAAAUGAAAUCAGCCACUGCUUUGUUGGACUAAAGUGUGUGCAGCUACUCUGUAUGAAAAUAUAACGAAUAAAAAGAAUAGAAUAUUUA